GUAAGAUGAAAGACAGCUGAAUAAGGAAGGAUGGAAGGAAUGUUUAGAGUCAGGUUUGAAACGUAAACAAUAUAGCGUGAAUUGUUAUUCGAGAUCUGAUAAUCCUUGAACAGUCGACUGGAUGAAAAUUGUUCUAUACAAAACCAGGAUUAUUCCCCUUGUUUACAAGAGUUCGAGUUUAUGUCUAACUUUCAAAAAUGAUUGCCUUAUUUAUUACUUGACAACAUCAAGGGCUCUAUUUAUUCAAGUUUGGAGACACAAAUCAAGAUAAGCGGUCAUUCUAGAUGAAUUUUAAUUCUGAUUGCGAGGAUAAAGUGGAUGUUGUGAGGACAAACAACGAUUAUACUUCAGAUUCAGUCUACUCUGCUGAAAUCGCUAAGCCGACUGAUGUUUCACAAUGUGUGGACCCUAUUGCAGAAAUUACCCGAAGGACUUCGAAUAUUUUACAAAGCAGUGAGAGACAACAAGAAAUAUCUGAUUGUAAAUUGAUCAGCCGAAGUACAGAAAAAGUACAACCAAUUCAAACGAACGUUGUCGAUUCUAUACAAUCCGAUUUAACAACAAAUGUCAAAAAAGAAUAUGUUUACAGGGAUGAGAAAAGUGAAGACUCGGAAGUUGAAGUUCUCUCUGAACCAGAAUCGAAUAUAGCAGACUAUAGUGGAAAUGGAAAAGUCUCAGAUGAACAAAAAUUUAUCAAUCCAGAUUGUUUAGCUGACACCAGAGUGGAAGCACAAACAGCAACUGAAAAAAUUCAUGACGCAAUCACUUUGCAGGUGCAACGUUACAACAGUUCAAUCUCAGAAAUAACUCAGCCAUGUGAGAAAUUAGAGAAAAACGAAUUUAAACAUUAUUACUACAAAGGAAGUUUAAGUGAUGAUUCUGACGUUGAAGUGCUCUAUGAAACAGAAUGGAAUAGUCGGGUGUCAGCCGACACUUGGGACAAUAUAAAUUCACCACAUCUACAAAAGCAAGGUUUGGCAUGUUUAGAGACUGUGCAUAAAAAACUACUACCUACACCAGCAUUUCCAAUUCAAACAGAUGAUUUAGAGGAUGGCGGGAAGAGAAGUGAUGUCGAAUCAGGCAACUGCAGCAAAGAUUCUGAAAUUGAAAUAAUAUCCAAAUCAGAGUUGAGCAUCAGAAGUGAAGGAAGCGAAUUUGGAAAUGCGUCUGGCUAUCUGAAACGAAAACCUACUGGUUCUCUCCUGUCUGACAGUACUAAACGAUCAAAAAGUGAAGAUUUCCUAAACAGUAGAAGCGACUGAAUUGAAUGGGAAAACAUGAAAUUGAAUUCUGCAUCUAAUCCCUCAUAAAAUGGUGUAUAAUCGAAUUAUGAAUGUUUUGUUGUAUAAUUUGUUGUUGUAAUCAUUUUCAUUAUUUCAGUGUGAUGGCCAUUAUGCUUCUACAAUAUUUUUAACAUUUUUUCUUUCUAAUCAAAAUUUUGUGCUACUUCAUUUUUUACUGUUAACAACAUUCAGGUUUAUAUUGUUAGUAUUUUUUUUUUUUUAAUACAAAUUCAUUUUCAAUCAAAUUAGGUGGAAAUACAUACUUUAGUUUCUUUGGAACAAUUUUUAAAAUUAUAGGACAGAGUAAAUGUUUUACUGCAUAAAAAUGUACUUUAAACAUUCCUUUUUAAGUUUACAACAGUAGUAAUUAACUGUAAAAUACUGUAAAUUGCUAUGUGAAUGUUAUUCAUAUUAUUAACUGAAGAGUUAAGUGAAGAGUGACUUAACAAUAAUUACUUUUAAAUUACCUCAUCUAAUUUCUUUAUUGGAUCAUUUGCAUUGUUAAUUUGCACUUAUCAAUCCCACUAGCUUAUUCAAUAAUUGUUUGUUUGAACUUUUCUUUUUAAAUUACAGUUUAAGUUAAUUGUUCAACUAAUAAAUUUUUUUAUGCA